GAUAUUGUAUCAAUCUAGCGAUUACAGCAAAAGAAAUGUUUGUAUCUUCUAACAAGUAUAAAGUCCAAGAUAGCAACACGCUGUAAGUUAGUCCUGCCUCUAGCGGGACAUUUUAUUGUUAGUCCAAAUAUUCAGAUCUACCAAACGCAUCAACGUUCUUUGUAAGAGAUCAAACACGUCAGUCCAUUUCUGUCCUCGCAACGUGUAACAACAAUCUCGUUCAAUCUCCGUGUCGAUAGUGACGACGACUGAAUGCGUAAAAAAGAGUGAGUAAAAUCAUUCAUUGGAGUUUCAUUUACAUAAUUAACAAGUCCAAGUAAAAGAUGCGGCUCGUCCUAUCAUUUUUUCUGGCUUUUAUAGCCUGUCAAUGUUCCACCGAUGGAUAUAGAAUUUUGGGUGUGUUUCCAAUUAAUGGAAGAAGUCAUUGGAUCAUGAUGGAGGCACUAAUGAAAGGACUCGCCGAACGCGGUCACCAAGUUGACGUAGUCACGCAUUUUAAAACACGGUCUACCAAUCCCAAUUAUAGAGAGAUUAUUCUAGAGAACAUUUUGGGAUCAGCUGUGAACAACCUAACAGCGAAAGAAAUCUUAUAUUUCGGCAGUAUGAAUAUAGAACGUUUAACAUACAUGGCAGGUCUAAAAUUAUGCGAGCUGAUAGAGCAACCGAAAUUACAAGAAAUUAUAAAAAACCCACCAAAAAAUCCACCUUACGAUCUCGUUAUUACAGAGCUGUUUGCCAGUCAUUGUUAUCUGGCGUUUGCUCGUCAUUUGAAAGUACCGAUGAUUGGAAUGAUGAGUUCACCGUUUCACGAUUGGGCUGCUCAUCAAAUAGGUGUACCGGACGAAACGUCUUACGUACCAAAUAUUUUCUCGGGUUACUCGCAAAAGAUGACAUUCUGGCAGAGAUUAAUAAACACGAUAACAAUUCGUUAUUUGCAAAUGCAAAUGGAUUAUUACACCAAUUUGCAAACAGAAAUAGUGAAAAAGUCUUUCGGUAUAGACGCGACUAUAAACGACCUCUUCAAAGAUCUCUCAUUGGUACUCGUCAAUUCUCAUCAUAGUAUGCACGGUAUCAGACCAUUUCCGCAAUCGGUAGUCGAAGUCGGUGGAUUGCAUCUUACCAACGACAUUGAUCCACUCGCACCGGAAGUGCAAAAGUGGCUAGACGAAAGCAAACACGGAUGCAUUUAUUUCACGUUCGGUUCUAUGGUCAGAAUCGAAACGUUUUCGAAAGAAUUGAUGGAAGCAUUUUACAAAGCAUUUGAAAAAAUAGCGCCCGUGCGCGUAUUAAUGAAGGUGGCAAAGAAGGAAGAAUUAUUACCAGGCUUACCGAAAAAUGUGAUGACGCAAAGCUGGUUUUCUCAGAUACCGAUAUUGAAGCACAAAAACACGCGUGUGUUCAUAACCCACGGUGGUCUUAUGGGAACAACGGAAUCGAUAUUCUGUGGGGUUCCAAUGAUAGGUAUACCACUUUUCGGCGAUCAAAAAGUAAAUAUACAAAAUUAUAUAAAAAGGAAGGUAGCUAUUUCCCUUGGUUCGAUUCAUGAGGUCACCGAAGAAAAAUUGACAAAUGCUUUGGAAACUAUCUUGAAAGAUCCAUCUUACACGACAAACGUGAAGAAACUUUCCAAGUUAUUCGUCGAUCGGCCACAAACAGCGAUGGAUACGGCUACGUAUUGGGUAGAAUAUGUUAUAAAACACGGUAAUAUCUUGCAAUCGCCAGCCAUUCAUUUACCUUGGUGGCAAAAAAGUUUGCUUGAUAUCUAUGGAGCAUUACUACUUGCUAUCAUUAUAACGCUCUAUUUAAUCAUACUUGUUCUACGUGGACUGAAAUAUAUUUAUCGGCGUAAUUUCGGAGAUUCCGAUAAUAAGAAGGAAACGUCGAAAUCGAAGAAAUACAAUUGAUGAAAUAUCACGAGUGA